AACAAUUCAUUAUCAUUCUGCUUCAGACAACUGCAGAAAUGGCCAUCACAAAUUCUUCUUUCUCCACCAAUAUUCGGAUUAAAUUCCCUGUACUUGCUAUUUUUUUGGAAGUGGUCAUUAUAAUUUUAUUUGGAAUAUUUGUAAAAUAUGACACAAGUGAUCAUGGAAGCAAGCUCCUGCGUGAAUUCUGGUUAUACCCACUAUUUCAAGAUGUUCACGUGAUGAUAUUCUGGUUUGGUUUCUUGAUGACUUUAAAGAAGUAUGGCUUCAGCAGCAUUGGUACCAACCUGCUUAUUGCUGCCUUGGUCUCCAGGGGCAUCCUACUACAGGGAUUUUGGCAUAUGAGAUUCAGUGAAAUCCCUAUUGAUUUCCUGGAGUUAUGAUCAUGCAGCUUCAGCACAGCCACUGUCCUGAUUUCAUUUGGAGCUGUCCUGGGGAAAACAAGCCCAGUCCAGAUGCUGAUCAUGUCUUCCCUGGAGUGAUUGGUUGAACAAGAACUCUUAAACUUAUUCUGCAUUUUUCAGGCUACUGAUACUGGGGCAUCCAUGACUAUUCAUGCCUUUGGAGCCUACUUUGGUCUUGCUGCAGCUCGAGUCAUAUACCGCCCUGGUCUGAAAAAUGGACAUGAAAAUGAAGGUUCUGCUUACCACUCAGACAUAUUUGCUAUGAUUGGUACUCUUUUCCUUUGGUUGUUCUGGCCCAGUUUUAACUCAGCAAUUGCAGCACCAGGAGAGGCGCAGCAAAGAGCUAUCAUGAACACAUACUUCUCUUUAGCAGCAUGCACACUUACAGCAUUUGCCAUCUCUAUCUUGCUUGAACAUAGAGGCAAACUUGACAUGGUGCAUAUUCAAAAUGCAACCUUAGCAGGAGGAGUUGCUGUGGGUUCCUGUGCUGAUCUGAACAUCUUGCCCUUUGGUGCCAUGUUAAUAGGCAGCAUAGCUGGAGUCAUCUCAGUUAUUGGUUUCAAAUAUUUGACUCCUUUGUUUGCCUCAAAGCUGAAUAUUCAAGACACCUGUGGUGUUCAUAACUUGCAUGGCAUGCCUGGAAUUUUGGGGGGCAUUGCAAGUAUUAUUGCAGCUGCUCUACAAGUCAACGAAAAUUUAUCUACUGGGAUGCAGGCUGCUGCUCUGGGAUGCUCAAUUGCAAUUGCUCUCGUGGGUGGAACAAUCACAGGAUUAAUUCUACACUUGCCUUUCUUGGGACAACCUCCUGAUCAGAACUGCUAUGAUGACUCAGUGUACUGGGAGGUUCCCUCUGAAAAGUUCCCACAGGAGUGCAAUCCUGAUUACGAGGAGGACAAUAGCAAUGUCAUUGUUGAAGCACAGUAGGAAUGCUCCACAGCCUUUGAUGUCUUGUAUGAGAUGUCCCAUGAGAUGGAUUCUCUGCUAAACCAGGCACUAUGUGCGCAUUUUAAGCAAAAUACAAACUCAGGCUUUUAAAAACUG